AUGGCGACUGCUAAACUCCGUAAAGAAAACCAACAGCUACGAGAGGAAAUUGAAGAACUUCAAGGAAAUUUGAAGCAAAUAACCGCGGAUAUUUCGAAAAAGAACGAAAGCCUGAUUGAACAAGAUGGCAGACAUGCUUCCCAGUCAACCAAGUCAACAGAUAAAGAUAAGUCCUUAGAGUUUAUUAGUGCUCAAAAUGACGAUCUUAUUUUGUUUAAAAAUAAUACAAUGAAGGAAUUAAAACAUAUAAAUCAACAAGUUACAGUAAUAUUAUUUCAAAGAAAUGCGAGGUCAUUGCAAACGCCGUUGAGCAAAUCGAAGAUUAUAGUUACCAAUACAAUAUUAAAAUUACUGGUAUGCCUCAACAAAACUCGAAUGAAUCGGCCGAAGAAACUACGAGUAUGUGCCUGAAAUUAUUUACUGCCAUAGGGGCAGAUGUCUCGAUCUACGCCAUGUGGACAUUGCCCAUCGUGUUCCUGCAAGAAGGCAAUCUAACCGAUCGAACGCAAUUAUCUGUAAGUUUGUACGCCGUUUGGCGAAAGAAAAAGUAAUUGCAGCCAGAAAACAAACUAGUAAUGUUCAGCCUGAGCAACUUCAUCUACCAUCGACCACGAAAUUAGACAGCCUUCAGAUCUACCAACAUUUAACCCCACGCCUGCAAGAGCUGCUGUUUGAAGCCAACAAGUAUAAGCGGGCAAAUAAUUUUAAGUUCUGCUGGGUCAAGAAUAAAAUCGUUUGCUUACGAAAGUCCGAAAACGAACAGAUUAUCAAGCUAACCAAACUACAGGACCUUACUAUGUUAAAUUAG